CGCGUGACCGCGAGGGGCAACAGAGAGGCGCCACACACUCGUCCACUGACUCGUGGCCGUUCGUAGUAUUUCCUUUUAUUUAGGCGAGUUGCAGAUCAGCCAAAUCGUGAAGUGGAUUGGACACAUUGGUAAAGUUUUUAUUUUCUUCGUUUUGCUUACUGUACACAGUUAGUGUGAUAGCACAGCAUGGCUUCUUUAAGGGAUCGAGCAUUUUGACAUUUAAGAAGGCGAAAAAGUCCGAUGCAGCUCUCCGCCGCGUUUCAAGCUGCUGGCUGUCAACUUGUGCUCUAGCUGCAACGGCUUUGACCGAGUCCUUUUCUCCAUUUGCGUUGGAAAAUAACUAUUGCUGGAUAUCGAGAAAACAACAACGCGUGUGCGUUUGCGCUUUUGAACCAUGACCACUGAAGUUGCGAGUGACUUGGACGUGACAGUCAGUUGUUUGGGCGAAGGGAACCAAAACAAGUCGGACACGGAUCGACCUAAGAAACCUGAUCGACCGAGCCACGAGGAGGAGCAGCAGGAUCCUCCUCAGGUCGACUCUAAACAUCAGAAACAGGGGGUCAUGGAAAGCAUAGCGGAUGGGUUAACGUUAAGCACGGACAACACGAACGAUAAGGAGAACGAGCAGAACGCAUCAAGCCCCAAGGCAGAAACUUCCAAGAAGAAUGUGAUCGAGGCUCCUCCGCCAAAAGUGAACCCAUGGACGAAGAGGAACGCAUGCCCUCCUAAUAAUGGCACAAACACCUCGAUACAAACAGAACCCCAGAGUCCUACCAAAGUUGUCCGUGCCAGCAAACCCAGGCCGAGGAAGACCAGUAAGUCAAGUGACUUCAGUGACAUCACAAACUGGCCGACCCCUGGAGAAAUCGCCAAUAAGGAGCAGCAGCAGAAUGUGAUAAACGUGCAGGUGAGGAAAGGGACGUCCGGAUGGAGGGAGAGGAAGAAGGACUGCAGUGAAGAGAAGAGAGAGAAGGAGAGCGGAAGUGAUGGGAGUGACAGUAAGGAGAACAGGGAGGCACAGUCGGAGACAAUCACAGGACUUUCAAACGAACAGGAGACAGAGGAUGGAGAGGAUACGCACAACAGUGCCCCCCGUAGGAGAGGAGGCUGGCGGAGAGAAAGAGAUUUCUUUGAUGACUCAGCGAGCGUUCGCAGCGAGGGCAGCAGUGUCCGCGGAGGCCCCAGGGGCAGGGGCAAAGGUCGCGGCCGAGGCAGAGGUCGUGGACGAGGUCGUUUUGACUACUCCCACAGUUACCGGGACUCAUACCUGGAUGGGUCCACAGCUCAGGCCGAGUUUGGCACUAACAUGGUCUACUACUAUGACGACGGUAAUCGCGUGCAGAUGUAUACGAUCGAGGAGAAUUUACUUAAGGAAUACAUCAAACGCCAAAUUGAAUACUACUUCAGUCUCCCAAACCUGGAGCGUGACUUCUUCCUGCGGAGGAAGAUGGAUUCGAAAGGCUUUUUGCCCAUCUCUCUGAUAGCCAGUUUCCACAGAGUCCAGGCCCUUACCACAGAUAUCAGCCUCAUUAAGGAGGCGCUGAAGAAAAGUGAAGUCGUGGAGCUUGUUGAUGAGCAGAUCCGUAGGAAAGAGGAGCCCGAGCAUUGGCCCAUUCCAGGUCCCUCUCUGGACUCCCCACGCACAGAUUUUUCCCAGCUCAUUAACUGCCCCGAGUUCGUCCCAGGACAGACGUUCACCUCCCUCAGCACAGUGUCGUCCUCCCCAGUCGAGCCUGCUCUGGUAAAUGGCCAAACUAGUGAUGACACAGACACAGCCAAACCUCAGUCCAAAGAAUCCUCUCCUUCAGACUCAAAAAGCAGCUCUAGUAAAGACGUGAAUACGCCUAAAAAGCAGUCCAGCAGUCUCUCUGAUCCAGACGCCCAGCCGUGGAUACAGGUGGAAAAACGACACCGAAACUCCUCCGGAAAAAAUAAGGAGCGCACAGAAUUGGUUCAGUCCAGCCCAAAGCAGCAGCCUGAGGCAGACCAGGAGGAGCUGGACUUCCUAUUUGAUGAAGAAAUGGAACAACUCGCAGCGCCUCGCAAGAACACCUUCACUGAUUGGUCAGAUGAUGAUUCUGAUGAUGAACUUGACGACCAAGACAUAAACAAGAUCCUGAUUGUUACUCAGACCCCCCCUCACCUGCGGAAACAUCCUGGGGGCGAUCGGACGGGGAACCAUGUGCCACGUGCCAAAAUUACAGCUGACCUUGCCAAAGCCAUUAACGAUGGAUUGUUCUACUAUGAACAGGAUCUCUGGACAAAGGAAGAAGGGCAGCAAGAGUGUGCCAAUGCCAAGGAUGUGGAGAAUUUCAAAAAGCUGAACAUGAUCAGCCAAGAUGAGUUUGAAACCCUGACCCCUAAACUUCCCAUUGACCCCACCCAGGAGGUCCCGCCCCCUCCAUCAUGUCAGACAGAUGAUUCUUGCAUGGCUCAUUCUCUCCCCACGGAUGUCCCAGAAUCCCCCAGUGUGCCUCGCACCCCACGUACACCACGGACCCCUGGAAGACAGGACCCCACUAAAACCCCACGCUUCUACCCUGUCAUCAAAGACAGCGGCAACCUUGACGGAAAAACCCCCAGAAAGAGGAAAACCCGUCACAGCUCUAACCCUCCUCUGGAGUGCCAUGUAGGCUGGGUGAUGGACUCACGAGAGCACAGACCCCGUACGUCCUCCAUCAGCAGCUCGAAUGCAUCUCCGUCAGAAGGAGCUCCUGCAUUGUCAGGCAGUUAUGGCUGCACCCCGCAGUCCUUGCCGAAGUUCCUGCAUCCAUCCCAUGAGCUUAUGAGAGAAAACGGCUUCACCCAGCAAGUUUACCACAAAUAUCGCCGGCGAUGCCUCAAUGAGAGGAAGCGAUUAGGUGUGGGUCUGUCUCAGGAGAUGAACACCCUCUUCAGAUUCUGGUCCUUCUUCCUCAGAGACAACUUCAACAGAAAGAUGUACGAGGAGUUCAAGCAGUUUGCCCUAGAGGAUGCCAAAGAGAACUACAGGUACGGACUGGAGUGUCUGUUCCGGUACUACAGUUAUGGACUAGAGCGGAGGUUCAGACAAGACAUCUUUAAGGACUUCCAGGAGGAGACCAUCCAGGACUAUGAAAAAGGUCAACUAUAUGGACUGGAGAAAUUCUGGGCUUUCCUGAAAUAUGCAAAGAUGAAGAAUCAGCCCAUUGACCCCAAACUCCAGGAAUACCUCCGCAAAUUCAAGAGCAUUGAUGAUUUCAGAGUCGAUCCACCAAUGCCAGAGGAAGGAGUAAGGAGGAAAGCACACGCGUCCUCCGCAGGAGACGAGGUGAAACGUAGGCGACACAACUCGACAUCAUCAUCGAAACAGACCACAGUUGCGAAGACGUCUUCAGACAAUCAAUCAACCGCUGGAGUGAUGGCAAAAACAACCACAACACAUCAAGCCGCUGCCCCAACGACAGGGAAAACCACCAAGCAUCCAUCAGCCAAUCAGAAAGCAGCUCCUCAGACCGCCAAAAGCAGCACGGCUAAUGACCCGUCUACAAAAGCCCCACCCAAAGAGAAUGUGAAGAAGAAUACCUCAUCAGAUGCUCGUAAAGGAGAAGCGGCGACGAGCAAAAACAAAGAUGCCCAACAGCCAAAGAAAUGAAGCCCUUGCUACACUAUAUACAGUAUUUGAGUGUGAUUCUAACUCUAGAGCUGUGAAAAGAUUUCAGUGCUGGUGCAGGCUUACGUUUAACACCGUAACCUCAGAAGUGAGCCAGUCAAACCGUUCAAGCAAAGACCAACUGUCAGACCGUUGCGUUUACAAACUGAAGAGUAAACCAGAAAUAUCUUUGUGUUGUACAAGGAGCUUUUUCUGGACAGGUUAACUUCCGUAAGAUCUUUUUUCUUUUUCUUUUUUUUCCCGCAGUUAGUGGUUUUAGAAUCAAGUAUGCAUGGUGAACUUCUUUAGCUUUAAAGUUUACAGUAGAUGCAUUCCUACAUAGAAUGCAGUUUUAUCUCUUUUAAAAUUAGUUUUACAUUUGCAAAUGCCUUACAUUUCAAAAGCGACAAAAAUAUAUAUAUAUUUUAGAGCUCUGUCAGCAUAAUUAAUCUCUUGGUUUUUAAGUGUUUUUAAUUUUGUGCGAGAUGCACUCUACACGUAUUUAGUUCAUUUAUUUUAAAAAUGUUUAAAAAAAAACUUGAACUGAGGGUGACACAAGAUAACACACUAUAUAGCUUCUUGCAUUUUUUGCUCUUUUAGCUUGUGUAGGGAAUAUGACAGUGAUUGAAUACUAAGUUCUUUAUGCUUUUGUGAUUAGCUGAGUGUCUGAGCUGAAUACCGGAGAGCUAUGUAGAUUAUCAGUGGCGAGGGAUUGUAAAAAGUGUUCACAACAUCAUCAGGAACUACAGAAUGCUCCUGCUUUUAAACGAAUAUUGUGCCGUUCACAUUGCAGAGGUGGUGAUCUCAAGUUUAGGUGCAGAGUAGAGGAGAACACAUCUUUGACCUUUUGAUCAUUUCGACUUAAUUUGGUAAACAACUGUGUACUUGAAGUUUCUAAGAAAUGUUGUCUUUUUGAGAGGAAUUAUUCUUUCUUUUAAAUUUUUAAUCCUAUUGGAGUUGAGUUUGAGAUAAUUUAUUGUUUUACUCUUUUGAAAGCUUAAUUGAUUUUAAUCUUUUUUUUUAAUUGAGUGUAGAUGACUGCAAACAUGGUGGCCCAGAGAAUAGUUUUAUUUGCAUUAUGUUUUCAUUUUGCAGUUUGGAUCUUUGCGGAUAACAUUAAAUCAGUGUUUUAUUUCUCAUUUAUGAUCAUUAAUCAGACACAGAAUUGAUGUCCCGAUUGUAUCAUAUUUUCUUAUGAAAACUGUACAUAAAAAAAAAAUAUUCAAAGCAGUGCUCUAAUUUCAAUCAGUUCAUUUUUAUUGAUUCAUUUUAUUGUGAUAUUUUUGUUUGUGUGCGCUUGUGUGUUGGUAUGCAUGUCGGUUUAAUUUUUUUCUUUCCUCAUAUAUUGUAAAAUGUAAAAAAAAAAUACAAAAUAAAAUACAUUAAAAUCUGUUUAUAAAACCCCAAAA